UAUAGUUUUAAUGAUUACGCGUGCAUUUUGACUAUCUUCGCUUUAGAAUAAAAGAUAUAUGUGACGAAGAGGUUUAUUUAUACUUGAAAACUAAAACCAGUACGUGUAAAAAGAUAUAUAUUUUGCCUACUGUACACGUAAUUCAAAUGGAGAAACAUACUUGAAAGCGUAUGCCUAUUAAACAGCUUUAUCAAUGGCAAAUUCGCUUCAUUUCUUCGUAAAUAAAUUCCGCGCACAUCGCACAUCAGCCAUCACCAAAGGGCUACGAUAUCUACAUUAACGCAGUUUUAAAAAAAUGAUGGAAUAUAAACAAAAGUAACCGCACCCUUUUCAAUUCACGAAUGAACUUUCUGUGUUAAAAUGACCUGUUCACGAGAUUGGCGAGUUCCGGUGAAGACGGCGGUGUUUCUGGCGCUUGCAGCAGUCGUUUCCGGUGUGGUGGCCGUCUCCACGCCAUAUUGGAGCGACGUAGUAUCAGAGGGAAACACCACUUACUCCGGGCUGCUGGUGGAGUGUAACAAUACGCUUGCGCACUGCAGUGGACUUCCGGUCAUACUGGACAGAUACACCGGAACCAACAUGUACUACAGCCAGUUAUGGGCAGUCUGCCUCGCGCUGGUAGGAUGGGUGACGUCACUAUUGGCCCUGGCGCUCCUAGCAUUCGAUGUGUGUCGACCAAAGAAGAGCCGGGCACUUGUUUGUAUCUUUGUGGCCUUUGGUGCAGGCGGAAGUAUACUCUCUGCGGUAAUGGUAUACGCGCUCGGUCUUCGGAGCUUCACGACAGCAUCCCUGCGCUGGUCUUUCGGUCUGGACGCUGCUUCCGGUGUGUUGAUGCUAAUUUCCGGUGUACUAGCACUUGUUGGCUACAUUCAGGAGUCUUAGUUCUGGUGCGCUCAAUCUCCAUUACCGGUGUAUGAGCACAAAUCAGCGACAAACAACAAUCUUAGUGUUUGUGCGCUCAUGCGACCUUCCGGUGUACUAGCUCUAUUCAGCUACAGCCAGGAGACUUAAAGUGGGCUCGGUUCGAUCACAACACACAUAUUUACUGAUUGGAAAAGUUAGAAAAGAUAAACCUGAUUGAGAAUUAUCUUCGGAUAUCCACCUACGACCUAUUCCGUUACUCUACAUUCGUCGCUGGAUCAUCGUCGGAUACCCACCUACGACCUAUUCCGUUACUCUACAUUCAUCGCUGAAUCAUCGUCGGAUACCCACCUACGACCUAUUCCGUUACUCUACAUUCAACGCUGAAUCAUCGUCGGAUACCCACCUACCACCUAUUCCGUUACUCUACAUUCGUCGCUGGAUCAUCGUCGGAUACCCACCUACGACCUAUUCCGUUACUCUACAUUCGUCGCUGGAUCAUCGUCGGAUACCCACCUACGACCUAUUCCGUUACUCUACAUUCGUCGCUGGAUCAUCGUCGGAUACCCACCUACGACCUAUUCCGUUACUCUACAUUCGUCGCUGGAUCAUCGUCGGAUAUCCACCUACGACCUAUUCCGUUACUCUUCAUUCAUCGCUGGAUCAU